AUGCGUUUGACGUACUUAGCACCGAUCGUUGCAGCAAUCACGGUCGCGAUCUCCGACUGCAUCACCAUCGCACUUGGUAAUGAGGUCGGAUCAAGUAAGCCAAGAUUGAGUGGGAAUGCAAACAAUUUCGGGAUCCUCAAAGAAGAAUUAGAUGAAUCAGCUGCCGAUAACGAGGAACGCAAGGGGAGACGUGGAAGAAAAAUGGGUGGAAAUGGAUUCGUCGGACCCGGCACGGGGUUUUGGUAUCCGAAUUACGACAAGGAUAAAGAUCAAAAGCGUUUUUUCAAAUAUAAGUAUGCGAAUUAUCUCAAGAUCAUAAAUGAAAGACAGGACGAAAUCUUGGAAGCAUCAAAAAAACGACAGAAAAUCGCCUAA